UGGUGGUUUGUUAUCCUGGGGAUGGGAACCAAUAGAACACCAUUAAACUGGGUAAGGCCCAGAACACACCAUGGUUUUAAUACUGCACUGGUCAUAAUGCUAUUUGUAAUGGAAACCAUUUUUAUUAUUUCGCGGGGAUUUGAAAGUUGUUUUAUUAUACGUUUAUUGUCCUUGUGCGCCGCAUUCAUCGUGCCUCUUUUAAUUCGGCACAUCACGCCCCUCCAACGUGUGUACUUCAUGCCAUAUUGAGUACGCAAGUGGUCGAGAAAAAAGCCCCUCCUUCCGUCACCUAAACCCACAUAUAAAACUUUCAUCCUUACCUUCAUCUAACCACAAGCAUGAGAAGUGUGAAAACUGUGACUCUUGACAUGAACUUUCCUUGAUUUAACACCUGUCAUAUAGGCUCUUAAAACGUAUAGAAAAUGUCUUACUAUCGUUUUAACCUAAGCAACGCGAGUUUGGAGACGGGAGAUGAACCCCGCGAUGAAUAUCUGGCGCAAAUAGAGAUCGUGUUGCUCAGCGUUAUAUUUCUAUGCGCGGUGAUGCUGAACUUCGGUCUGCUGCUGGCGCUCUGGAGGAGACGGCAACAGGUGUCUCGGAUGCGCGUGUUUGUCACGCAUCUCUGUCUGGCCGACCUGGUGGUCACCUUCUUCCAGGUGUGUUCUCAGCUCAUGUGGAAGUUAACGGACCGCUUUCUCGGUCCCGACCUGGUAUGCCGCUCGGUCAAGUAUCUUCAGGUCGUGGGCAUGUUUGCGUCCACUUACAUGAUAGUUGUGAUGACGGUGGACCGUUACCAAGCGGUGUGCAACCCUAUGGUGACUUUCCAGAGAAGGCGAGCGCGCUGGAACCUGCCCGUGUGCGUCGCGUGGGCUGUAUCUUUUAUUUUAAGCAUUCCGCAAAUCUUUAUUUUCUCCCGGGUUCAGAUCGCCCCGGGUGUCUAUGACUGUUGGGCAGAGUUCAAUCAGCCGUGGGGACUUAAAGCGUACGUGACUUGGACGACUCUGGUGAUAUUUGUUCUGCCUAUUAUAACGGUCAUGGUGUGCCAGGUGUGCAUUUGCCGUGCGCUUCAGAUUAACAUGUAUAUGAAAACGCAGCAGCAGGGGAAAGAUGGAAGCUCGAACCCUCUUUCCUCUAGAGCCAGCAACGUGGUAUCCGUGUCCAAAUCUCGAAUUAAGACGGUGAAGAUGACGGUGGUGAUUGUGCUGACCUACACCAUUUGCUGGGCUCCGUUUUUUACAGUGCAGAUGUGGUCUGUAUGGGACGCCUCGGCUCCCACUGAAAACGCCACCUUUACUGUCCUCAUGUUACUGGCGAGCCUGAACAGCGUGGCCAAUCCUUGUAUCUACCUUCUUUUUACAAUGAAUUCCCCCAAACUGUUAGGGGUUCUACUGUGCAUGGAGCGCAGCAAUGUGAAGGAGUCAUUGCCUGAGGAAGCCACUGUGGUCAGCUCUCUUUAUAUGAGCUUUAAAAGCCCCUCUGCCAUACGGUGAUAAUGUAAGAGCACUAUCAGAAGUAACAUGUAAAUACUCCGGUUCCACUGUAUAUAUGGUAUACUUUAAUGUAAAAAAAAUCACAAAACACCAAAUAAGGUUUGUCUUUAAAAUGCCAGGUUUGCAGGUUCGUGAUUAAUUUAAAAUAGUUUCCAUAGGUCAAUUUAGCACUUAAAGGUAAUGGAUUUAAUUCCCAGGGAAUACACAUUAUGAAAUGUAUCUUAAAUGCACUGUAAAUUUCAAAUUGUAAAUUGUCUCUCAAAUGCGUAAAUGUACUUUUUAAGUUUACCCUCUGCUUUUUUGUCCCACGAAAAAGGUCCAUGUUAGAAUGUCAUUAAGUUGUUUAUUAUAAUUUCUUCAUUUUAACUGUACGAUACAAACCAAGCAUCUAUGUUGUGCAGAUCAGAUUCAAGAAGAAUGUGAAUACAAAUGGGGCUGUUGUAGUGUCAUAUUAAGACAAAAUAAUAUGGUGAGGUAGAAUUAUAGUAGGCCUAUUGUGAAAAUGCUUGUACAUGCUGCUCUGUCUGUUGCCAAUA